CAAGGCUCUUCAUUAUACACCCUUCAGUUUUUUCAACUCUAAUGCUCCUGACCCCUCAGAACCUUUGCAUUCUUCCUUUUGCCUGUCCAGAUCCGCUCCUUUAGAUUAUCUUCCCUCUUUGUUCUCAGUGAACUUUUAAAAUGAUCUUUAUAAUAUUUACGUUAUUUUGUUAUUUGUGUUUCAGAGUUUGUGAGCUCCUUAAGGACGUGGUUCCGCGCAGACUUUUGCUGGACACCUCUGCCACCUCCGCGCUGGCCCUCAGCCCUUAGUCCCUGAGCCGCCUCUCAGUAAGUGUGUGGCGAACGCAUCCUUCUCAAGCGUUGUGGCUACCGCGGUUCUUUGCUGCCGAGGACCCGUCCGGUGGCCAUGCACUGGGGCCUGCCGGCCUGGCAAAGAGAGGGUGAGCAGAUGGUUUCACAUGCCAGCGCUGCUCAAAUGGUGCAGAGCGGGUCUCUCCUGCCUUCCAGGUUAACAGGAACCCGUUCUCCUAAUUCCAAUAAUCCCAGACCAUUCUUCCUGGUAAAUCCUCUGCGCGUUCCCAAACCGGCUCCCACCUGUGCCUUUAAGGUGAGGGUAGGGAAGGCCAGAACUGGGGGAACGAACCGGAGACACAGCCAAUCAUGUCUUGUUUUGCCAGGAAGGGGCGGAUCCUGGGUGUGUCCUCGGCCAAGCCGCGCCGGAUUGGAGGGUCCCGGGCUGCGCGCCGUGGCGGGAGUUUUCGGAUGUGUUGGCUACGGCCUUGCUAGCAGCGGUUGGGCUGAGCCAGCCGGCGGCGUGGGCGGGCGGCGGAACCUGGCAGGGGAGUCCAUCCUGAGUUCCCCACCAGUGACUUGCUGGGCGACCACCUUCUUUCCGUCUCGAGCUGGGGAAGGAUGGAUCGGCACCGGCCGCGGCUGCACCACCCAAUGCAGGGCUCCGCCGCCGGGACCCCCUACCCCUCCGCCGCGUCGCUCCGCAGCUGCCGGGAGAGCAAGGUGCACCGCAGGAAGGGCCCGCAGCUCCCUCCGCUGCCCAGCGGCACGGAGGAGCCUGGAGAGAAACGCCCCAAGUUUCAUUUAAAUAUUAGGACACUGACGGAUGAUAUGCUGGACAAAUUUGCCAGCAUAAGAAUUCCAGGGAGCAAGAAAGAGAGACCUCCAGUUUCCAACCUGAAGACUGCAUUUGUGAGCAAUGAUUGCUUUUCAGAGAUGAUGGAAAGCAUUUUGAAGCCACCGUCAGAGAGUGAAGUCUUAGAACUUUUUGAAAAGAUGAUGGAAGAUAUGAAUUUAAAUGAAGAUAAGAAGACACCAUUGCGGGAAAAGGACUUUGCUAUCAAAAAAGAAAUGGUGAUGCAGUACAUUCAUACUGCUUCCAAGACAGGAAAUCUUAAGAGUAACCGACAGAUCUCACCUCAGGAAUUCAUCCAUGAACUGAAAAUGGGGUCUGCAGAUGAGAGACUUGUCACAUGCCUGGAGUCCCUCCGUGUAUCUCUGACUAGCAAUCCUGUGAGUUGGGUAGAAAGCUUUGGACAUGAGGGACUUGGAAUAUUACUGGACAUACUGGAAAAACUGAUUAGUGGCAAAAUACAAGAAAAAACUGUAAAGAAGAAUCAGCAUAAAGUCAUACAGUGUCUGAAGGCUUUGAUGAAUACACAGUAUGGCUUGAAAAGAAUUAUGAGUGAAGAGAGGAGUCUUUCUUUACUGGCCAAAGCCAUUGAUCCUGAGCACCCGAAUAUGAUGACAGAUGUGGUUAAACUCCUUUCUGCGGUAUGCAUUGUAGGAGAGGAAAACAUCCUUGAAGAAGUUUUAGAAGCUUUAACAUCAACCGGAGAAGAAAGAAAAAUUGACAGGUUUUCUUCUAUUGUGGAAGGUCUUCUGCACAAUUCAGUCCAACUACAAGUAGCAUGUAUGCAGCUCAUCAAUGCCCUUGUUACUUCUCCUGAUGAUCUGGACUCCAGGCUUCACAUCAGAAAUGAAUUUAUGCGCUGUGGAUUGAAAGAGAUAUUGCCAAAUUUACAAUGUAUUAAGAAUGAUGGCCUGGAUAUCCAACUUAAAGUCUUUGAUGAAAAUAAGGAAGAAGAUUUGAUUGAGUUCUCCCAUCGCCUCAACGAUAUUAGAGCUGAAUUUGAUGAAGCGUAUGAUGUUUAUAAGAUGGUGUGGAACACAGUUAAAGAAACUAAAGCAGAGGGAUAUUUCAUUUCUAUUCUUCAACAUCUUUUGCUGAUCCGAAAUGAUUAUUUUAUAAGGCAACAAUACUUCAAAUUAAUUGAUGAGUGUGUAUCUCAGAUUGUAUUACAUAGAGAUGGGAUGGAUCCAGACUUCACAUAUCGAAAAAGACUAGAUUUAGAUUUAAGUCAAUUCGUUGACAUUUGCGUAGAUCAAGCAAAACUAGAAGAGUCUGAAGAGAAAACAUCAGAACUUCAGAAGAAAUUGGAAAAAGAGAUUAGUGACCACCAAGAAACUAAGGCUCAACUGCAGGAAAAAGAGGCAAAGAUUAAUGAGCUUCAAGCAGAGUUACAGGCUUUUAAAUUGAAGUUUGGUGCCUUGCCAGCUGAUGCAAUUACCUCCUUGCCCCUCUCAAAAGAGGAUGGAAUGGGCCCCCCUCCCCCCCCUCCUCCCCCACCACUGCCCUUUUGUGGGGGCCCCCCUCCCCCCCCUCCCCCACUCCCAGGAAUGCCAAUGCCAUCUGGUGGACCUGUGCCUCCGCCCCCUCCCCUGGGGUUUCUCAGUGGUCAAAACGCUCCUCCUCCAACUCUGCCAUUUGGGUUAAAACCAAAGAAAGAAUUUAAACCUGAAAGCAGCAUGAGAAGAUUGAACUGGUCGAAGAUCAGACCUCAUGAAAUGACUGAAAACUGUUUCUGGAUAAAAGCAAAUGAAAAUAAAUAUGAAAAUGUGGAUUUGUUUUGUAAACUUGAGAAUACAUUUUGUUGCCAACAAAAAGAGAGAAGAGCAGAGGAAGAUUCUGAAGAGAAGAAAGCUAUUAAAAAAAAAACUAAAGAGCUUAGAUUUCUGAAACCUAAAAUUGCCCAAAACCUUUCGAUCUUCCUGAGCUCUUUUCGGGUACCAUAUGAGGAAAUCAAACUGAUGAUAUUGGAAGUGGAUGAAACACAGUUGACUGAGUCUAUGAUUCAGGACUUAAUAAAGCAUCUUCCUGAUCAAGAACAGUUAAAUUCAUUGUCUCAGUUCGAAAGUGACUAUGACAACUUAAGUGAACCUGAGCAGUUUGCUGUUGUGAUGAGCGAUGUGAAGAGACUACGGCUACGGCUCAGUGCUAUUCUCUUUAAGCUGCAGUUUGAAGAUCAGGUGAACAACUUCAAAUCUGACAUCAUGGCCAUCAGCACUGCCUGUGAGGAGAUAAAGAAAAGCAAAAGCUUUAGCAAGUUGCUGGAACUUGUUUUGCUAAUGGGAAACUACAUGAAUGCUGGCUCCCAGAAUGCACAAACCUUUGGAUUUAACCUGAGCUCUCUCUGUAAACUGAAGGACACAAAAUCAACAGAUCAGAAAACAACACUACUUCAUUUUCUGGUGGAAAUCUGUGAAGAAAAAUAUCCUGAGAUCCUGCAUUUUGUGGAUGAUUUGGGUCAUUUGGACAAAGCUAGCAAAGUCUCUGUAGGAAUGCUGGAAAAGAAUUUGAAGCAGAUGGGAAGGCAACUUCAACAGCUUGAGAGAGAUUUGGAAACCUUUCCCACUCCUGAGGACUUACAUGAUAACUUUGUGACAAAGAUGUCUAGCUUUGUUACCAGUGCAAAAGAACAAUAUGAGAAACUUUCAAAGUUACAUGAAAACAUGGAAAAGUUAUACCAGAGUGUAAUGGGAUACUAUGCCCUUGAUGUGAAGAAGGUGUCUGGGGCAGAUUUUUUUACUGACUUGAAUAACUUCAGAACUACAUUCGUGCAAGUAAUAAAGGAGAACAUCAAAAAAAGAGAAGCAGAGGAAAAAGAAAAACGUGCCAGAGUAGCCAAAGAAUUGGCCGAGAAAGAAAGACUUGAACGCCAACAAAAGAAAAAGCGAUUACUAGAAAUGAAGACUGAGGGUGACGAGACAGGAGUGAUGGAUAGUCUGCUGGAGGCACUGCAGUCAGGGGCCGCCUUCCGCGACCGAAGAAAAAGGACUCCGAAGCCCAAAGAUACUCAGCAAAGUCUCAGUCCAGUGUCUCAGAGGCCUGUCCUGAAAGUUUGUAACCAUGAGAAUCAGAAAGUGCAGCUGACAGAAGGGUCACGUUUGCACCACAAUAUCAAUUGCAACUCAACAAGGACUUCAGUCACCAAGGAACUUAAUUAUAAUCUAGACACUCGUACAACUACAGAGAGGAUAAAGGCAGUUGAGAAGAAGGAAGUCUGUAAAGGAGAGAGCAACAGAAAAAAGGAAAUGGAACUUCUCCGCUCUGUUUCUAAAACUGAAUCCAUUCCUGAAGUUGAAGCCCUGCUGGCAAGAUUACGAUCUUUAUAAAUUAAACUGGUAAAAAAUGAUUACGCCAAAUAUAAAGCCAUGCUUUAAGCUCUACCACUUGAAAAAUAAUUGCUUUUUACAUAAGAAACUUUUUAUGUAGUUUUAAGUUAAGAUAUGUAUUACAAAAAUAAAGCUAAAUACAUGACUGCAAUGCUUUUUCUAUGCACUUAAGGUUUUGGCUUAAUUCAAGACUGUAAUGGGCUUUAAUGCUUUUUUUGUUAUCUGGUAUUAGUGUGUUCUAUAUUUGGUGGUUGGAUUAUACACAUUGCUUUAGAGAACAGGUAGGUAGCCAUGUAUUCUUAAGAAAAUACCAUCUUUCUAAGUUACAAUAUAUAAUUUUUACUUUACUAUUUCAACAUUAGUGAACAUCAAAUCAUCAACCUCAUGUCUUGCUACAUAGCCAUGUAUAUCCAUGUAUGUUAUUAGAUAGGGCCCAGGUUUCUCCUUAAAUGGGAUCUACAUGCUAUCAACAUAGCCUUGAAAGCAUAAAACUGAAUCUAACUGAGCUGUGAGGAAAUGAUUAGUAAGCUCAUUAUCAUCAUUUUUGAAUUCAUGUUAAUUUAGACCCUUUAGGAAACUAUAAGGCAAUUGAACCCUGUUCCAAAAAUUAUGUAAUAAGAAUGUGUGCACUCUCCUUGCAAAAUGCACGUGCUUCUGUAUAAAGUAGAUGUAUGCUCUGUUACAGUUCUGCUGCAUUUCUUACCUGAGAGCACUUAUUCCUCUGGUGACUGUGACUUGGGCUAGAAUUGCCAUUUUGAAACUUACCAUGUAACAGAUUUUUCUUUAAAUUAAUUUUAUGAACAAACUUGAAACUGCAGUUUCUUUGAUCUGACAAUCAAAAACUUUAACGAAGAUCUGAAGUGUUCAGAGAAAGUUUUCCUUUGCAAAUAUUGCAGUUUUACCUCAUUUGUGGCAUCAAAUGGACUCUUAAUUUUUAUCAAAGAAAAUAAACUUGUGAUUUGCACUAAAUGAAAAAAAAUCGUUUUCAUAGUUACCAUAUUCUGUGGUAAGCUGGAAAUAGACUGUGUUGUGCAGUCUACCUAAGCAUCUAUUUUGCUUUAUCACUGGCAAUAAGUAAGUGACUGCUCUUUUACCUUCAGUUAAAAAGCAGUUAUGUGGCACCAGUCUGGCGAGGUCCACUGCUUUUUAUUUCCUUGUUUAAGUUGCCACCUCCUUUCAGCUCCAAGUUAAUAAAGUUAAUUAAUUAUAACUAUGAACCAGGCCCUGUUUAUAGACAUUGGGGAACAGAGUGUUAUCCAUAGCCAAUGUGGGAAUAAAUUGCUCUUGUACGUAAUGCUGAAAUGUGCAUUUUGCCCAGUAGUUGCAACUUCCAUUUUCCUGAAAACAGAUCUUAAAAAUCAAGAAAGGUGAGGGAUAUUUAAGCAGGCAAGAACUCUAACAGCAAAUGAAGAAUUUAAAUGGAAGAAUUCUACGUGUUCUUAACAUGAUUUUACAAGGACUUUGGCUUUUCAGAAACAAAACUGAAAUUCAGCCAGAUAGUUUGGACAUACUAGGUAGGAGGUGUGCACUCUGGAAACAGGGUCGGAGAGCUGCCACAGGGGAGAAGCAACCUGGCGAGUGAAGAGAAGUGAAAAUGACACAGACCCCCAGGGGCAGAGAAAGACAGGCAACUACUGAAACUGAGCCAUUAGCCCCCAGAGCAUCUGCCUGCAGGAGCUGAAGGACAGUCUUCUACCAGGAGGCCCAGGAACCAAUGGCUGGCCUCCUGCAGGUCAGGGGCCUGCCCUUCCCCUCCCUCCCUUCCCUUACUGACACGCGCCUGCUCUAAGCAGGCCUGAACAGAGGAAAACACAAAACAAUGAGUUGACAGAGGAAGGAGCCAACCGAAAAGCAGAUAAUUUUCUGUUACAGGUGUUUCCAUGAUACAAGCCCCUCCCUUCAACAGUGGACAGGGGCUAUAAUUCCACUUUACAAUUCCCAACAGUCCUGUAACCAACUGUAGAUGAAAACUAGAGCAAUGACUUUUAAGUUGAGGGCAAACACCAAGGAAAAAUUCCACGUUUCUUUGCAGUUUUUUCAUUCGAAUUAGUGGAUAGAAGGCCAACUCGAAACCAUCUGACACAGCUCAGUGCCCUUGAUGAGGAUGUUCCAUCUAGGCUAGUGACAAACCCCAAAUAGAACCUCCUCCCCUUUCUCUCACAUCAGUGUAGAGAAUUUGGCAAGAACACACCAAUAACUAAGUGAUUGCUGAAUUGUCCAAAAGCAAAGAGUUGCCACUAACAAGUAAUUUAAAAAUAAGGGAAGCAAUCUAAUUAUACAGGAACCCUCCUUUAUCCAUCGGGAUGCAUUCGAAGACCCCCAGUGGAUGCCUGAAACCACAGAUGGUACUGAACCCUAUAUAUGUUUUUCCUAUACAUACGUAUCUAUAAUAAAGUUUAAUUUGUGAGUUAGGCACAGUAAGAGAUUAACAACAAUAAUAAAAAGAACAAUUAUAACAAUUUACUAUAAUAAAAGUAACAUGAAUGUGGUCUGUCUCAAGACAUUAUUAUGCUGUACUCACCCUUCUUGUGAUGGUGUAAGAUGAUAACAUGCUGAUGUGAUAUAACAAAGUGAGGUGAGUGACAUAUAGUUAGGCUGCUAUGGACCUUCUGAUCAUAUUUCAGAGCAAGGAUUGUCUGCUUUUUGACUGCGGUUUACCACAAAUAACUGAAACCACAGAAAGUAAAACUUUAGAUGAAGGGGACUAUUGUAUAUACAUGUACAUACAUUAUUAACAUGACUAUUUAAAUAAUAUGUCAAAACACCUAUGAUUAUGAGGGAGUGGACAUUUCAAUAACUCAUAUCAAAAUUUUCUAGCAAAUCUAAAAAAAUGCAGUUAUUUAUACAAAGGUGUUCCAAAGCUUUGUUGUCAUACUAUUCAUUCAAAAACAAGAGUUAUAAAUGACUUUGAAAUGUUAGUUUAGCCACAAAUUAUUUCCUGUGUUCUUAUUUUAAAAUAUAAUGCAGUGUAGAUCUGAGUUUACUAGCUAGAAACUGAAUUGUUAAGGCUACAACACAUAUCUCUGCUGUAUUUCAUUCUUAUUAAACUCUCUUUCAUGGUCAAGCACAAGGCGAAAGGGGGCACAUUUGAUGUGAUUCCUUCUGUGGCAAUCUU